UACUGCUGUAGCUUUUGGCUGGUUUUAUCGUUAUGAAGGGAAAUUGCCUACACUUCGAAAGGUACUAUGCGGAUGGGUGAUUCGUUUUUCUGUGUUCUGGUUUUUGUUGCUUAACUUGUGUGAUUUUUACACUCCAUACUAUACUAUAAAAAAAUAGACAGUAAAAAAAUAAGCAGGCAAACAACAAUGCACUUAAACUUGAAGUGUUUUGAAACGCCAUAGAUCUAUGGUAGUGGUUAUUUGAUUUAAUAGUUUUUUUUCUAACUUUACAGCAAGCCAGUCAUUAGUAACAUCUCAUGCAUUUAUUGCAAAAGUCCUGAAAACCUACAGAGCUUGGACUGUGUAUUCUACUUUUCUUCGUUUUUCCAACACUGUUUCAAAUAGAAUACACAACUGUAUUUAAAAUAACCUGGACUAAAAUCUAGAGAUGCUUCAGACACUGAAUCGGAUAGUGUUUUAUUCUGUUUGAAAAAGGUACACGCAGUGUUACAGCAUGAAGAAGCAUGUCUUCCGUAAGGUUGAGGGUUUGUUCCUCCCUGAGUGUAGUGCUUUCCUGUCCUGUGCCUGGCAGUGUACUUGUCUUAAUGACCCCGUGCUGUUAACCUCACAGAAAGGAAAAGAAAAACAGAAAAAGAAGUCCUCUAAAACUGAGACACUUCAGGAGCAAAAGAAGAACAAAAAGGAACUUGAGUUCGAACAGAAACUGGCCAAAGAAAAGGAAGAAAUGUUCGAACGAGAAAAACAACUGAAAAUUAAUAGGCUUGUUCAAGAGGUGUCGGAGACCGAGCGAGAGGACAUGGAGGAAUCAGAAAAGGUUCAGCAUUGGGUUGAAAGGCUGUGUCAGACUCGAUUAGAGCAAAUAUCCUCUGCUGAGAACGAGUCCCCCGAGGUAAUUUUGCCUUGUACUUUGUAAAAGGAUUUAAAAGGCUCUGGCAUUAUUCGACCUGUUUAGCGUGUGUGUUUUCAAAUUCUUCUGGAGUGUGAAGAUAGAAGCAAUGUCCUUUCUAAAUCCAGGUGUCUGUGUUGUACCGUCACCUGCUGUUGUGAACUGUAGUGGACAAAUAAAUACAGUAAAACCUGUAAUUAUGGUCACCUGAACUGUCACUAAGCCAGUGUGCCCCAGAAUUGAACAAAAUGUUCUGUCACUUCAGAGAGUUGUUCAUUUAACUUUCAGAGGAAGAACAGAUUUUUAGCUAAAGUAAAAUUUGAAAACAAGAAUCUCUAUGAAGAGGGUUAGAAAACUGGCAUGCAGUAUAGAACCCUUGUUUUAGAGUAAAGUUUUAGUUUUUGUGUGAAACCUUUGCUCGUGACUCUUCCUACAUCCUUGGCUUUGACUUGUGUGUUUUGAUAAUAGCACUUCAGUAGCUAACGCAGUCUCCUCCUAGGUGUCUGUAGGAAGGAGUCCCUCCACAGCAUCGUCCAUGCGCAGGUUUGCCGGGGGUCUGCAGCU